GUAACGCCGUACUUCACAACAGAGAAGCAAAGUCGUCCCAGUCUUAUGAUAUGCGCCUGUCAUCCAAAGCCACCUAAGUCUUUCUCCGUGAGGUCACAGUCGCGUACCACAUAUAAAAGCCAUACUAUAUGACUACCACUGCUGUCAAACCCGCAUUCUAAGGGAACGCAACCAAGCAUGUUCUGGUCAGCUUCCUUCCUUGCUCUUCCUCUCCUCUCAGUCUCGGCUCUACCUAGCAGGGGAAUCCAGCCCCGCUGUACCGUCUCCAACGAGACUUACGAUGACCUCGUCUAUUACCUUCAAUACGCCUCCUCUGCCUAUCUUGACGAGUGUGCUAGCCCAAACGGAAACACCCUUGUUCAACGAUACGACAAUGAGACAACAGAUACUCAGGCAUUUCUCGCCCGUGACGACACCAAGGGCGAAAUCGUCAUCGUUUUCCGCGGAAGUUCGACUGUCCAGGAUUUGGCAACCGACGGUGAUAUUACGCUUGUCGAUUUGAACAUCCAAGGCGUCAAUGCACCCGUUGGUACUCAAGUUCACCAUGGUUUUCAUACUGCUUGGAACUCCAUUGUCGGCGAUGUGAUUAUAACAAUCCAAUCCGAGUUGGCCAGUCAUCCUAAUUACACUCUUGCCACAUCUGGACAUUCCUUGGGUGGGGCGCUUUCCAGUCUUGGCGGCAUUACACUACAGCAAAACUUUCCAGACGUACCGUUAAAAAUGUACACCUUUGGUCAACCGAGGACCGGAAACCCUAGCUACGCUUAUUUCGUUGAUUCCAAACUAGGUUCAAAUAUCUUUCGAGGCGUACACGGCAGUGAUGGGGUUCCUACUAUGAUAUCGCAAGAUCUGGGAUACCAGCAUCAUGGCGUCGAAUACUUUCAAAGCGGAGACCCACCGUCGGCGGGAACCACGAAGGCAUGCAUUGGUAACGAAGACCCUACAUGCUCAGCGUCGAUUCCUAGCUCAGGCAUCAACAUGUACCACCUCAUUUAUUACGAUAUUACGGUCGGAACAGCGUUUUGUGAUUAACAUUUCGUUCAUUUGUAAAUAUAGAGUAACGUAUCUAUAAAUGCAAGUACAAAUUCCGCGGACACUUGAUUGAUCUUAAUCACAUCGGAGAUAAACGUACUGCAGAAAGUCGUAUCAAUACUGAGAUUAAAAU